AAGUGGAAAAUUGGUUUUGGAAGCAAUCUCUAUAGAAUGCUGUAAUUGUUCGAAUGGACUUAUGGUGGUGUCACGAGGACAUUAUAUAAUAAUUAAUUGUAAUCACAGAGUAGUGUUGCUGUGGAAAGAAGAACACUGGCCUUCUGCUUGUUUGUCGGUGAAGUCGUUCGAGGAUUUUAUCGUCAGCAGGAGGCAGGAUUAAUGAUGUUCAUUUGCUGGAUUACAUCGUACCGUUUGUAAUAUAUUUUGUAUCAGAUUGAACGGGGUGAGCGGACCUCGGCGAUCUGCAACCGUGGCAAUAAAUUUGCAGCACAAACCAAACCACUGAAUAAAUAUCAGGGAGUGAUGCAAGAGUGAAUUAAACUGAAAUCGUGAAGAGAAGGAAUUUGGUGGUAUCGAAAAAGGAUUAGUGUUGAAUGUGCAGAAUAUGAAACACAAUAUACAGUUUAAAGGAAACAAUGUUUAAGUGGUACGAGAGAAGGUGGAAAUGGGCGAUUCUAAUGGAUGUUUACUAUAUCGAUAGACAAACGGGAGCCAAAAAUAUCUAUAUGCUCAUGCAAUAAAUUAACCGCGAUCAGAACGGCAACCUGCAACCUGCGACGACGAUUAGACGUUCAUGCAGUGUUCAGAUGGUGAUGGUGGUUUUCCGGUGUUGUUCAGUGGGCUUAGAAAACAUGUAUUGAAUAAUUCUGUGUUAUGUGAAAUAGCUUCUACCACGUGAUGGAAAUCAGAGCAUCAAAAUGGGGUAAACGUCAUCAACGAUAGUGAAAUCUAGAUUUAUUGGAGCGCUGGUCGAGCGUAACGCGUUUCCUCGGGAAAUUGCCUCACACCCAGAGGGCAAAGUGGUGAUCUAUUUGGGGCUUUCAGGAAACUCACGUACCGUAAAUCAUUUUGGGACAGUUAUCAUUUUGUACUUUUCCGUUCAGCCGGAGCGAGAGCCUAAAUAAGCUCGCACAAAAUCGCUCUUGUGAGGCAGUGAAAGCAAGUUUCAGUGAAACAGGAAAAAAUUUCAUCACGGCUACAGUGAAAAAAGUGAUCUAGCAUUAUAAGUUGGAGGGAAAAUUUUAUGCUGACAAUCUGAAAUCCGGAAGCUUGUGUAAUUGGACCGUGUAUGGACAACAAACUUGCUGAGCCAACAUUAUUUCUUUGUAGAUUGAUUCGAUUGUGAAACAGGUCCAUUUCUAUUUUUCAAGAAGAGGUUAUCAGACAGGAACGAAAAACAAAUAAACAUUAUUUAGGUGAGCCGAAAAAUGUUUGGUUCUAAACUUCGAUCAUGGAUGGAAAAUCACAUUGUGCGACCAAGAAAAAAAGGAAAUAAAAACAAGAACGGCAACAACAGUGGUAACUUUGGAAUUUUGAACGCGCAAAAUGGCCCCACAAAGGUAUCAUCAUAUGCAGCUGAGGGCAACACAACCAUCGGAAGUCCAGCGAGACGGAGUGAAGUUUCACCCAUUCAGAACCAUACCACAAGUCGACGUGGUUGGCAAUCACCUAGUCAAGACCAUGGUCCAUCAUUAUUACCGAAAUCCGAGGAACACCAGCACUACCAGCUGCACAACUGUGCCAGAAAUCCAACACCAGCAGCUGUAUAUGGAAACGGGACCUUGCCAUCGUCUGCUAGUCAACAGUACAAAAUAGAUAGCCACCGGAACAGCAGCAUCAGCAACGGAUAUAUUCCUCAGCAGAACCAAUCUAUUCCACAGAGUGUGUUUUCUUCGCCAAAAAGCAUCUCGAGGAGCGGGACCAAUAGCCUGGAAUCGAGCAGUGGGAACUACUCUAAAAGUGUGGACAGUAACUACUCGGGCACGAUGUACGGUCUAAAGGAAGAGCAGGAUAUCCGCAAAUAUCGUAAAUCCACCGGAUCGGGAGUAAUGACUAGCACUAGCUCUGAGCACAAUGGAAGUUACGGAAAUGUAAUGGUAAAUUCGCUAAAUUACUCCACGGCAACCAGUUCGAGUAACGAGCUGCUUGAAGAUUUACGUUAUAUCGAACAGAAUAGGAUGAGAAUGGGUCAGCACAUUAAGAUUAGUUCCAGUUCUUCAUCUUCCAUUAAUUCAAACAAUAACCUUGUUAAUAAUAACAGUAUUAUCAGCAGUAAUAACAAUAUGUUCAUCACCAACGUCGAUCAACAGAUCAAACAGCAACCAAUUUGCGAAAGCAAGUAUUGCAAAAUGCAAAGCUUCAGCGGGAAACAUUUGGUUCCACAGAACUUUGAAGAUAAUGGAGUAUAUUAUGAGCAGCACAGCAUCAAUAAUAACCAGACAUUCGGCGUGAACAAACAUCAACCUCCCAAAGGCCAACCCAAGUCCACUGUGGCUGCCCCCUUACCUCCUUCCACUAAUAAACCAAAUGGCGCCAUCACUAAUCGCCUCAUUACAACAGGGAACAACAAUAACAAUAAUAACAACAAUUUUGAAAUAUGUUCUGCAAACGGCGGCAGAAAUGUGAACCAAACCAAUACCAGCGGUUCGACCUUAUCGAGUUUUGCACACAAAAUCCAUAAACUGACUGGCAGCAAUAGAAACACGCUCGAUGCGGCCGCCAGCAGCAAACUAAAUCAUGUGAACAACAAUCCGAACAACGUUCCCCAUGGUGGUGCACCAGCUGGUCCGGCAAUCGUGACCCAUCCCCAUAAAAAUCAGCAGCAACCUUUGCACGGCAACCACUUAUUUAACGGCGGCAGUGGCUACAACGGUCACCACCCCCAUCACACCCACGCCCACCCGGUUGGCCACCACAACACCCUCUCUUCGCCGGAGAGUGCUUACUCCACUGGAUACUCGACCGAUGGUACGUCGCCGGGCGGUUGCUCGUAUACACCCGAAUAUUACAUCAACAUCCGGACGGGCACUCACUAUUUCCCCAAAGGACUGACAGGAUGCACCGGGAUAGGAGCCGCGGGUAUUGUUGGCGGUGGAUUCGAGAACGGCAACAAAUUCAAAUGCGGGCUGAACCGAAUCGAAGAAAAGCACGUGGAGUUCGCCAUAGAAGAGAAGCCGUGUACUUCACCAAGAAAAUGUUCCGGCGAGUUGUACAACCCGGGCGAGAGUAACGGCCAGGCUGUGAAUAGAGGGAACAGUGGCUUCGGAAUGACAAUUCUGAGGAAUGGCUCCAGCGGCUGUGUUAGCAGCAAUAACAGCAACAGCAGCAACAGUUGCUUAUCACAACCGCCACAGACGAUGCCAAAUGCAGUUGCGAUGAGUCCUGUUAUGCAGCAGAACAUCGCCAUGCAGCACUAUCGCAGUAUUGAAUCACCCUCUCCGCGGCAACGCUGCCGCAUCAGGACCAACCCGUGGCUUACGACAAUAGACGGAUCACUCGCCAGUGCCAAUCUGAAAAAAUCGGACCAAGACGGUGGUUCAACGACUUCAUCCGGUAUCAAAUCCAGCAGUGGUACCGAUGACAAUCGAAGGGAUUCAAAGAAGCCUAAUGUUCUGUCGGAUUCAGAUUCGAGUUCUUCGACGGAGAAAGUUAUUAGUAAGAAGAUGUUGACACCCAAGGCAUCUAGAAGGGGAACUGACGUAUCAAGACUGGACAGUAAAGCGACUGCACAUGGUUCUACUCUGGACAGUGACGAGGAUGCAACGUUGAAUGAAAUGAUGGGUAAAUUCGACGAAAGUUACCAUUACGAGAAAGAGACUGAUAUUUUAAGCUGUAGUGAUUCUGACCCAACCGACUGCCCAACAGACAUCGAUACAGGACAGGACGCGGGUGACGAGUGUGAUACGGAUGACCUGCUGGAUUUGGACUUCAUUGACACCGGUUCUGUGCAAGAUGUCACCAAUAAUGAUUACAAGAACACUGGUAGUUGUUCUUAUCACAACUUUCCGGAACGGCGUUCGUCGAAACAUCGUGGUCGUUGUAAACGCAAUAGCGAGAGCGGUGGUUCCAAAAGGCGGAAAAAGUUGGUGCGCACUCGAAAAAAGACAGGCGAUGGGUCGUGUGGAAGCUCCGUGGCUGGCAGUUUACCGAUAAGCCGAGGCUGCAGAAGUCUUGGCGGAACUCCGGUAUCACUACGGCGGAAUCAGUCGGAAGAAAGAGCACCGAUCAAGAGCGCUCCCUUGACGAACCGAUGUAACUCAUUGACAUUCACCGAAGUGCAUUCACUCCACAGUCGUAUACUUGCGAUUUCGGAAAGUGAGAAAGCCCUGCUGAAGGCGGAUCUCGAGGCAGAUGUGAAAUACAAACAGUUGAUUCACGAAGCUGAAACCAUUCUGUUUUCGAUGAAAUCGAGCAGCGUUAAAGAACUGAAAGAUAUCAAGGAACCUCCGAUUAUCUGCAGCCCAAGAAGAGUUUGCAAUCCACCGGCGAAUAAAAGAGUUGAAAUGCUACGGAACUACGAGGCAGAUCUGAAGCGAGAGCUAGCCAAAACAUGUUCUCAAAAAUGCUCAGAAAGUGGCACAGAGCUCAAUCCGGUCGAAGGAGUGAUUGUCAACAAACGGCUGGAAGUUAUUCGCUACGAAACAUCUAUUUCAGCUCCCAAUAGUCCUAAAAACUCUCGAAUGAUUCCUCGAAAAACGCACGUGACCAACUUUAUCAAUCAAAACCAUUGUUCGGAGUUGGCACGACGCGCAAAUGAGUAUGAGAAUGAUUUCAAGAAUGCCAAAAUGUCACCUCAACCAGCGAUGUACGAACGUAACAUUGUACCUCCAAAGUCACCCACCAUCACUCGUCGACGCUUCCGAAGUCAAAGUCCCAAAGUGAAUAUCGAAUCGGACUCAGAUUCCGAUGAACUCAAUCGAAAUCUCGACAAAAAUCACACCAAAACCAAAUCCAACAAGGAGAAUAUUUCCUCGACGAGGAGAAGCAUUACGGGAAAACAGUUGAACAACUUUAGACAUACGAUCCACACGGCCGGUUCUACCGCGGAGGAUGCCGUCUCAAUUCCUAACGGCAGGACCGUUGCGUACUCAAGUUCUUUGAACGAGAACGAUAUGAAGCGGGGAAUGCACAAAUCACCACUAAUGUCGUUCCGAUCGGUGGACAUUGGAAAUACCAUUGCGGACGAUAGUUACUGCCCUCAGAGUGAACCACUGAAGCGGAAAAUCUACACAUGCAGCUCGACGUUCGAGAAAAUACAGAGAAGUUUGGAUGCGGAUCCAGAGAUUUCCAAGAAAGCGCUUUUGUACAAAAUAUCCCUCCUGCGACGCGAGCGCCAGGCGAAACUGAAGCAAGAUAACUCUACCAACUCUACCAACCCAGGACACGAACCUCACGAUUCGGCAUCAAUGGCAAUCAUGGCGAUUAAGAGCGAAAAAGCUUCCGAAAGCGGCGAAUCGGUAAUGCACGGAAAUAACGACGCGGAAACGAAGCAACAACUUAUCAUGAGCACCCUCGCUGAUAUCAAACGAAGUCUGGAAGAUCAAAGCGUUGAACUGAAUGAGCUAAAUGAGUCCGAUAAUUGAGGAAG